GGCUAUAAUCUCACCGUACUGGCGGCUCCGUUUGGAUUACCGUCAAUUUAAAAAAGUUAUUAAAAGAUAGUUAGUCUGUGUAAUAAGAGAUAGAAUUAAAUUCUCGAGUCCUAAAUUCAUUUGUUCAAUCCAUUUUUUAUUAUGAACUCGAGUUACGAACUCGAGUUUUUAAUUAUAAUUUUGGAAGGAAAGAGCUCUAACUCUAAGCGGCUUUUCAUCACUCUUUUCUCCAGCGACUGAACCAGGGAUUUGAUUUGCCUUGUCUUCGAAAUAUGGAGGAUUUUGGCCCUAAAAAGCAGGCAAAGGCAGAGACUUCAAAUCACAAAAUAGAAAAGAUCAGAGAUUGCCAACCAAAGCGUAAGCAAAGCCCCGAUGAAAGCGAGAAACAGCCAGAGGCUGAGGCUUCAAACAAACCAACAAUGGUCAGAGAUGACCAUCCAAUGCAAAAAAGACAAAAGCAAAGCCCAGAUGAAAGUAAACAACAGGUUGGGGCUACUUCAAACAAACUAAAAAAGAGGGGGCGCAAACCAAAGCUAACCGAAGAUGAAAGAAAUAAAAAUAAAAUAGCAAGGGACAGAAUAUAUAGGAAAAACAAAAAUGAGAAGUACCAAAAAUUGGAACAAGAGAAUGAAGAAUCGAAAAAGAAGGAGACGGCUCAUCUGUCUGAGAUAAACUCUUUGACGGGGCAGCUUUCAGAAGCAAGAGGGCAGCUUUCAGAGUACAAGGCUCGAGCAGAUAAAUUAGAGGGGGAACUCAGUAAUGCAUCCAAAAAAGUGAAUACGGCGAAAAUGAUGAACAACGUGCAGGAAACUGCGGCGCAACAACUACAACAACAUAUUCUCAAUGAGGAUUGUCAGGGUCAUGAUGCGAAAACCUCUCAAUUCAAUGAACCAAUCAAUGACAAUAAUAUGAGCAAUUUGGAUGUUGAGAUGCCGAAAGACCUCAUUACUUUUUUGGAAGAGUUUUAUGGUGAUUCCGUGAAUGUCAAUGGCUUUAAGGUACUAAAGGAGAAUGCCCCCAUGAUCCAAGAGAUAUUCAGCAAGCACCCUAACAUUGCAUCUGGCCUUCGAGUUCACUUAGUAACAUCAAAAAAUGGCCUCAUGAACACAUUAGCUGAAGUCUGCAAAAUUGCAACAAAAGAAGAGGUCACCUGGGAGGAAAUCGAGUUUAUGGAGAAGGGCAUUGUAGAUUUGGAGCUUGCAGGUUUUGAGAUUUUAUGGCUUAGGCUCAUGGUGAAACAGCAUCGGGAAAAGGCUGAAAGCAAAAAAACAAUUGGAAGUAGGGAGGCUCACUAAAGGUUCUAAAGGAAGAGCAAAACAAGUUCAAGGAAGAGCGCAAGUCCAAAAGACAAACGCCUAUCUGAGAACUUUUCUCCAAGUGAUGGUAUGCCAUAUGCUCUUAAAUUACAAUCUUAAACUUGAUUUCUAUGUUUUGUUACUUUUAUAUUACACGGCUAAUGGACUGAUUCUAUUUAAACAUGCAUACAUAUAGACAUGCACUUAUAUGUACACAUAAGAAUGGACUGAUUCUAUUUAAACGUACAUUCAUGUAUACAUGCACUUAUAUGUACACAUACGUGUAUUCUAUGUAUUUAUUUGUGUUUGAAGAUUGGGCAUGCGGCUCUUGUUUUGGCUAAGCAGUGUGAGACCAUUAUCUUAUUUCCACUCUUCUAUGUAUUUGUGUAUGAAGAUUGAAUGUAGGGCUGUUUUUUCUUUACCAAGGAGUGUGAUUAUUAUCUUAUUUCCACACUUCUCUCCCUAUUUCUCUUGUUUUUAUAUUACAAUUAUUA